CGCCCGGCGCCGAGCUCCCGGGUCCCCGGGCCGGCUGUCGAUGCCGGCAGGGCGCGGAGGGGGCGGGGGCCGUGGCUCGUCCCCCCGCGGAUGAGCUGCCGCGGACGGGGCGCGGGCGGACGAUGGAACUCCACAUCCUGGAGCACCGGCUGCAAGUUGCCAGCGUCGCCAAAGAGAGUAUCCCGCUGUUCACCUACGGCGUGAUCAAACUUGCCUUCCUGUUCUCCAAGACCAGGUGCAAGUUCUUCAGUCUGACUGAGACGCCAGAGGAUUACACUAUCAUUGUCGAUGAGGAAGGAUUCCUAGAGCUGCCCUCCUCGGAGCACCUGAGUGUGGCGGAUGCCACCUGGCUGGCCCUGAACGUGGUGUCCGGCGGUGGCAGCUUCUAGGCCCCGCCCAUCGGCGUGACCAAGAUCGCCAAGUCAGUCAUCGCCCCACUGGCUGAUCAGAACAUAUCCGUGUUCAUGCUGUCCACGUAUCAGACAGACUUCAUCCUGGUGCGCAAGCGGGACCUGCCCUUUGUCACCCACACGUUGUCAUCAGAGUUCACCAUCCUGCUCAGUGGCGAGACUGUGGCAGCCGAGAACCUCAGCAUCACCAGUGGCUUCGUGAAGCCCAAGCUGGUCCAGAUGCCGGUCAUCCACCCACUGUCCAGCCCGAGCAACAGGUUCUGUGUCACCAGCCUGGACCCCAACACGCUGCCUGUUGUUGCCACACUCCUCAUGGAUGUCAUGUCCUACUUCAAUGGGAUCUCAAUAUUUCAUCCUAUCCGGAGGGAAGGCUCUAAAGAGCUCAAGGAAGACCUCACGAUGUCUAUGUGUGAGAAGAAACCUUUCACCCCUUCACUAUCACACCCCAUCAUCCAAGCACACACUCCUCUUUCAUCCCAUAAACCCCGGAGAUACACCAACAAGUCACUUCCGGCAGAGCUCAUGGCCACAGUGCAAGUUAAAAAAGAUGGCAGUAGCAGAAUUAGUGAAAGUAUUAAAGUCUUUGAUCUUUCUGAGAAGAGCAUAGAAGAAGUAAUGACGUAAGCUGUCCUCUCUCUCUCCGCCUCGGCUACCUAAAAGGUAAAGACCCCUGUCUGGUGGACACGUGACUCAUGUGACCUUAUCUAUCGAUAGAGAUGACUCACACUCCUUACCCUGCCCCUUUUGCCUUGUAUACAAUAAAUAGCAGCGCGGUCAGGCAUUCAGGGCCACUACUGGUCUCCGCGUCUAGGUGGUAGUGGUCCCCCUGGCCCAGCUGUCUUUUCUUCUA